AUGGGAUUUUCACCUUUGAAUCUGGAAAACCCUAGGUGGAUAUUAUCGAGAUUCAAUGAAGCUUCUACAACAUCUCUGGGUGACAUUGUGCUACCUGUUCAGGUCGGCCCUGUCACCUUGAAUGUGCAAUUCUCAAUAGUAGAAGACCUAUCCCCAUUAAAUGCCAUAUUGGGCCGCACCUGGUUGCACGACAUAAAAACCAUUCCUUUUACAUAUCAUCAGAUGCAAAUGGUAAGUUAUCUCACUGAAAAUGGACAAAUUGAUCUUUAUGGGAGCCAACUAGCAGCCCGACAAUGUUACCAAGUGGGACGGGAAGCCGGAUCCAACAACGACAAUGAGCCUUCUCUAAAAACUGCGAUCGCAGCUGAUCAAUAG